AUGAACGAGACAGCUGUUGAUGCCUUAGUGGCACUUGGAUUUCCUUUGGCUCUCCGCACAGGGUUGGAUGGAGUGGACGAUGUCCUACAAAAUGAUCUACGGUAUGGAGAUGUGUCUGAGAUUUCUGGAAAUAAUUGCGCAGGAAAAACUCAGCUGUGUUAUGCAUUAGUGGCGAAUAUGUUGCUCAGCACGGAAUUUGGUAUUGUAUGGAUAGAUUCGAAUGGAUCAUUUCGCUCAUUUCGGCUCAUGGAGUACAUUCAUGGAAGAAAAGAAGCCACCGAUAAAGACACUGUUGGUUUUGUCACCUUUUAUGUAGUUCGACAGAUUCCUGUAUAA